AUGGAGGCUCUCCAACCAGAUGCUCCGAAGAGAUCGGCCAAAGAGGCUGCGGCUGAGACACCGGCCAGGCCAAGCCGCUGGGCACUGGCGCUCCUCGGCGGAGCCUUGUUCCAGGCUCUCCUGGGACUGUUCUUCUUCCGUGGCGGGGUGCAGGCUGUCACCAAAGAUUUCCUGGCAGAAGGAGGGGUGGCAGGGCCGCUGUCAGUCUUCGCAGACCCGGAUGCCUCCUUCCAAGUGGAGAUGGCAGAUGACGAAGGAGAAAAUGUGGAGCUGGACCCGGGUGCAAUUGCAAUCCUGGUGCUCGCCAGUGGACGGAAGGUGUGGCUUCUUCGAGCCACGCUGCGGUCCCUGUCGCGCGUAGAUGGACUGCGGUCAGCCAGUGUAUUGGUUUCCCUCGCAUCUCCUGGCCACACUUCACAGAUGGAUGCCAUAGAGGAGUUCGGCUUCUCCUGCGCCGGGUUUGCCGACAAAGCGAGCUCCUCGAAACCAGGAAGGAAGCAGACGCGGAUCUUCCCCGUCUUCACCGAGGCUGCUACGCCCGGCAACCACCUGCAUCGAUCUUUGAAGUUUGCCCUCCGGCACUUCAAAAAAGGCUCCUUUCGGGCAUUGCUGGUACUGGAGGAGGGUCAGCUCUUCUCUUUGGAUCUGCUAUGGUUCUUCGUGCAGCUGCUGCCGGCCUUCAGCCAUGAUGAGACCUUGUGGUGUGCAAGCGCUCUCAACGAGAAUGCUUAUGCGCAGUACGUGGCAGAUCCCACGGUGGUUCUCCGGAGCGAUGGGUUUAGCGACCAAGCUUGGCUGAUGCCCCUUGGCAUCCUGAAUCGCUGGAUCCUCCCGGAAUGGCCGGAGGACAAAAGUUUAUGGAAGACUUGGCUCCAGGAUCUUUUGCAGGGCUCGCACAGACA